AUGGCGACGGAGUCGGAGCCCGCCGCGGCGCCGCGCCUGCUCCUGGGCCCGCCCCUGAUCCGCGCCGCGCGCCCAUCCCCCGACUCCGGCGCCGCCGCCGGCGACGCGUUGCACCCGUUCGUCGACCUCCUCGACGCGGCCUUCAACGCACCGUCGGAGGCGGCCCUCAAGGCGGCGCUCAAGCCGCGGAGGGCGCUCACGGAGAACUGCUCCGCCACGUACGCCAACUCGGGCAACCCCUGCCUCGACUUCUUCUUCCAGGUGGUCCCCGACACGCCCGCCGACCGCGUGCGCCAGCUCCUCGCCGCCGCCUGGGCGCAGGACUCACUCACGGCGCUCCGCCUCGCCUGCAACCUCCGCGGCGUGCGCGGCACCGGCAAGUCGGACAAGGAGGGCUUCUACGCCGCCGCGCUCUGGAUGCACGAGCACCACCCGCGCACGCUCGCCUGCAACGUCGCCGCGCUCGCCGAGUUCGGCUACCUCAAGGACUUCCCCGAGCUGCUGUUCCGCCUCCUCCGCGGCCCCGACGUGCGCGCGGUCGCCAAGGCCGGCGCCGAGGCCGACAAGGCGCGCAGGAAGGCCAAGGGCCUCGCCAGCCAGCGGGAGGAAUUGAGGGAGCCCGCGGAGGUGCAGAAGCCGGAAGCGAUGGAGGUGGACCAGAAGAAGAAGACGGCGGCGCGGCGGAUGUCGAAGAAGGUACGCACGGUUGCCAAGCUCGCCGUGCAGUCGUUGGAGACGUACUACGGAGACCGUGCCUACCGCUUCCUGUUCGACGCUGUCGCCGAUUUCUUCGCCGCGCUCCUCACCUCGGACCUCCAGCAGCUGGCCUCCGGCGGCAAAAAGAGGAAGAUCGGGCUCGCCGCCAAGUGGUGCCCCACUCCAGGCUCGUCCUUCGACCGCACCACGCUGCUCUGCGAGGCCAUCGCCCGCCGCCUCUUCCCGCGUGACUCGGACCCCGAGCUCACCCAGCUCUCGGAAGAGCACUACGCGUACCGCGCCCUACACCGCCUCCGCCGCGAGGUGCUCGUGCCGCUGCGCAAGGUGCUGGAGCUCCCGGAGGUGUACAUGAGCGCGCAGCGGUGGUCGGAGCUGCCCUACACCCGCGUCGCCUCGGUGGCCAUGCGGCGCUACAAGUCCCUCUUCAAGAAGCACGAUGAGGAGCGCUUCGACAAGUACCUGGAGGACGUGGAGGCUGGCAAGGCCAAGAUCGCGGCCGGCGCGCUCCUGCCGCACGAGAUCGCCGCGGCCGCCUACCGCGGCCAGGACGACAAUGUGUCGGAGCUGCAGUGGCGCCGCAUGGUGGACGACCUCCGUUCCAAGGGGUCGCUGCACAACUGCAUCUCGGUCUGCGACGUGUCCGCGAGCAUGAGCGGCACCCCGAUGGAGGUGUGCAUCGCGCUGGGCGUGCUCACCUCGGAGCUCAGCGAGGAGCCGUGGGCCGGCAAGGUGAUCACCUUCAGCGAGAACCCGGAGAUUCACCUGAUCAAGGGCAAGACCCUCCGCCAGAAGAUGGACUUCGUGCGACGCAUGCACUGGGGCGGGAGCACCAACUUCCAGGGGGUGUUCGACCAGAUCCUCCGCACGGCGGUCGAGGCGAGUCUGGCGCCGGAGAAGAUGAUCAGGACCGUGUUCGUAUACAGCGACAUGGAGUUCAAUAUGGCGUCAGGGAGCGCCUACGCCGCCUACUACAGCCGGCGGGAGUCGGUUCCGUGGGAGACUGACUACGAGGUGAUCUGCAAGAAGUUCAGGGACGCUGGCUACGGCGACGUGGUGCCCCAGAUCAUCUUCUGGAACCUGCGUGACUCGCAGUCGACGCCAGUGACAUCGACCCAGCCUGGGGUGGCCAUGGUGAGCGGCUUCUCCAAGAACUUCCUCAAGAUCUUUCUGAAGAACGACGGGGUGGUGAACCCUGAGGCCAUCAUGAUGGAGGCCAUCGCCGGCGAAGAGUACCAGAAGCUCGCCGUGUACGACUAG